CCCAACAGAGAUAAAUAGUAGAGAGACAAAGUCAAGCUUUAUCCAGAGAAUUUUCUGAUUGGACACUGAAAACAUCGUGCUGGACGAUGCUGGAGGAUGACCGAACGGCUGUAUCUUCUCAAUUACGCAGGAGGAGGAAGAGUGACACCCUUCAUAAUGAACUGUGCAGUGAUUCUUUUAUUGAUAUCAAGGUGCUUCACCUGGUCUUCAGCUUUAUAUACCCCUGAGAGAGCAGCUUCCAAGAAACUAAAGUAUCUUCUUGAGCCGCCUGUGUCUGCAGACGUCACUGGUCAUAGAGGAGAUAAUGUCACCUUACCAUGUAUCCUCAGAACCAAACCCAGCCAUUACAAGGUUAAAUGGACAAAAACUGAACCAGAGAAGGUUGGACCAGAAAAUAUUAUCAUGAUAUCCAAUGCACAUGCAUUCAAGCCAUACGGCAAUCUUGGACAGCGAGCUUCUCUGCGUAAGGCUCAUGCCAUGGACGCCUCCCUGCAGCUCGGCCGUCUUGAGCUGGAAGAUGAAGGCACGUAUCGCUGUGAGCUGGUCAAUGGCAUUGAGGAUGAGAGCGUCACCAUUACUUUGAGGAUUGAAGGUGUGGUCUUCCCGUAUCAGAGUAAAGAUGGCCGUUACAGAUUCAAUUACCAAGAAGCAAAAGAGGCUUGUACUGCGCAAGAUGGCACAUUAGCCACAUACAGCCAGCUUUACAGAGCUUGGACUGAGGGUUUGGAUUGGUGCAACGCAGGUUGGCUCCAUGAUGGCACUGUUCAUUAUCCGAUUAUUCACCCACGACCAGUUUGUGGAGGCGAGUUGCCUUCAGGCAUCCGCAGUUAUGGCCCAAAAGAUAAAAACAAUGAUCGGUUUGAUGCUUUUUGCUUCACUUCGCAGACAUCUGGCUCCGUCUUCUACAUAGCUGGGGCUUUCUCCUUCGAACAGGCCGGACACACUUGUAAAAAUCAGGGAGCUGAGAUGGCAUUGGUCGGCCAGCUUUAUGCUGCCUGGCAUUUCCGUAACUUUGACCAGUGCGAUGCCGGUUGGUUAAAAGAUGGCAGCAUUCGGUUUCCCAUCAGUAACCCCAGGGAGCGCUGUGGAGGCAUCCCAGAGGCAGGAGUACGGUCAUUUGGAUUCCCAGACAAGAACACACAUGUUUACGGGGUCUAUUGCUAUAGGUAAUCCAAGAGCACGAGCAAGAAAGACAGAGCAUGAAAAUCUGAGAGACCACAAUACGUGUGUAUACAGCUUUACAUACCAAAAGAUUGUCCCAAAUAAGAAAGUUCAUAUCUGAGGCUACAGACACUUUGCACUAUUGUUAUUUUCAACAUUAUAGUAAAGUAACUAUGAGUGGGUAUAAUAAUGAUUAAAAAUAACUAAAAGAAUGAAAGUUCAUGGAAAGUUCAACAACUAGUAGAUUACAGGUAAAUGUUAUAAAAUAAUGUUUAUAUGCACAAUCAUCUAUCACUAAGCCUUUAAUAAUAACAGCUCUGCAAACACAUAAUGUGUCUAUUUAACAUAACUCUGACUUCCUUUUAUAUGAGCAUACUCUAAGGAGAAUAAACACAAAGGAUAAACUGAUUUAUGUGUAAAUUAAUGA